AAAUAUUCCUCCCCUCGGAAUGGAUAACCCUCCCCUAACCUAUUUUUCUCCCUUCCUUCUUGAAAAAUUGAUGUCGGCCGAGAAUUAGUGUAAAAAAAUAUGAAGCGGUUGCGUAAUGUUCCAUGCUAAACGCUCCCAGCGUUCCCUCGCUCGGCCAUCGUCACACAGCAAAAUGCUGACACCUUCUGCAUGUUGAAACGAUGUUUCUCAGACCAAAACACUCUCUCUUGAAGCGCUGCAUCCGUGCUGAUUUCUCAUUUGUUGCUUCUCCUGUCACUCAUACACUGUCUCCAAGCUGGCAAAUGUUCCCGAACACAUCUGUCACUUUUCUUUCCUCCCUUGACUUCCUUUUUUCGGGUUCGUACACGGAUCCCUGUCCAAUUUCAUUGGCUGUCUUUUUUUCAGUAAUUUACUAGUUCUCUCUCGCUCUCUCUUUCUUCUUUGUGACAGCCCCUCCCCCUUGCAGCAGCUUUCUAGUUUAUCCUUCUAUAUGCAGCUUCCCCCUGUAACUCACUACUUGGUAUACUCUUGCCGGCUCUUGCCCCUGUUCCUCAGGGACUGCGGCUCGGACGGUUCCACGAACCCGCAUAGAAGAGGGGGAGGUAGCUGUAUCCAUACAGCAGACGUGGAACAGCUGUACGGUCACUGUCUGGCACCGAACUUCGGGGGUCACUUUUCCACCCACUACAGUCUGCCAAAUCUUUUUCUGGGACACCUCAUAGCCUAAAGCAGCUUAAUCGAGAACUAAGGACAUCUAUGGAGGGAAAAUACAAGGAGAUAGCAGAGGAGCUCUUUAGUCGCUCCCUUGCAGACAGCGAUAUGCGUUCUGCACCAUAUGAAUUUCCAGAGGAGAGUCCCAUUGAAAAGCUGGAGGAAAGGAGGCAGCGCCUGGAGAGGCAAAUUACCCAGGACAUAAAACUUGAACCUGAUCUUUUACUUAGAGCUAAACAGGACUUUCUGAAAAUUGACAGCAGUGGAGACUUACAGUUGUACAAAGAAGAACAUGAGGAUUUAGUUGAUCAUUUCGUAAAGGAUGUUCUUUUUGAACGUGAAUAUCAGAGAGUAUCUAUCUCUGGUGAUGAGAAGUGUGGGGUGCCAUUUAUAGAUUUGCUGGAUGCUGCUAAAAGUGUUGUACGGGCUCUUCUUAUCCGUCAGAAGUAUAUGAAUAUGUCUAUGCAGAGCUUCUGCAGGACCACAGCCCAGCAUCUAAAAGAGCUGAGUGAGGGAACCCUGGACAGUCCUCCCCAGGAAGAAGGCCCAGACACUCCUGUGGCUCCAGAUGCUCCAGUUCACCCUCCUUUUGCAGAGAAACACCCAUAUGAAGUGUGUGAUCCCAGCAUUAUGCCUCCUGAUUUGGGUUUUGGACUGAAAAUGAUCAAUGGUGUUGUUCAUGUUUAUACAAAGCGUGAUGUCACUGACAUGAACACAGAGCUGGACCUUCCAUAUCCUGACCUGUCAGAAUUUGUGACGGACAUGAAUGUCCUUAUGGCUCUGAUAAUAAAUGGACCUAUUAAGUCAUUCUGCUACCGACGGUUGCAGUAUUUAAGUUCUCGCUUCCAGAUGCACGUUUUACUCAAUGAAAUGAAGGAAUUAGCUGCUCAGAAGAAAGUUCCACACAGAGAUUUUUACAACAUAAGAAAGGUGGAUACUCACAUUCACGCAGCCUCUUGCAUGAAUCAGAAGCACUUACUUCGCUUUAUCAAAAGCGCAAUGAAAAAAAAUUGUGAGGAGAUUGUUCACGUGGAGGGUGAAAAGGAACAGACCCUACGUCAAGUCUUUGAAAACAUGAAUCUGACUGCUUAUGAUCUGAGUGUGGAUACUUUGGAUGUGCAUGCGGAUAGAAAUACUUUCCACCGCUUUGACAAGUUUAAUGCCAAAUACAACCCAAUUGGAGAAUCUGUCCUAAGGGAAAUUUUCAUCAAGACGGAUAACAGAGUAUCUGGAAAAUAUUUUGCACAUAUUAUAAAGGAAGUGAUGUCAGACUUGGAAGAAAGCAAAUAUCAGAAUGCAGAACUGCGUCUAUCGAUUUAUGGUCGGUCUCGAGCAGAGUGGGAUAGUCUAGCUUGCUGGGCCGUUAAUCACAAAGUACAUUCUAACAAUGUUCGAUGGCUUGUGCAAGUUCCACGGCUCUUUGAUGUAUACCGCAGUAAGAAGCAGAUUUCUCACUUUCAGGAGAUGCUGGAGAAUAUUUUCCUGCCACUUUUUGAAGUCACUGUGAACCCAGCAAGUCAUCCUGAGCUUCACCUCUUCCUGGAACAUGUGGAUGGAUUUGACAGCGUUGAUGAUGAAUCCAAGUCAGAACAUCACAUGUUUAAUAUGGAUAGUCCACUACCCGAGAAUUGGACAAGGGAGGACAACCCUCCAUAUUCAUAUUACCUGUAUUACAUGUAUGCCAAUAUGACUGUUCUCAAUCACAUGCGCAGGCGCCGGGGAUUCCAUACUUUUGUGCUGCGGCCACAUUGUGGGGAAGCGGGACCAAUUCAUCACUUGGUGUCUGCAUACAUGCUAUCUCAGAACAUCUCACAUGGACUCUUAUUGCGCAAGGCACCUGUAUUACAGUACUUGUAUUACUUGGCUCAGAUUGGCAUUGCUAUGUCUCCUCUCAGUAACAAUAGUCUGUUCCUGAGUUACCAUAGGAACCCUCUACCUGAUUUCUUGUCACGUGGUCUGAUGGUGUCGCUUUCUACUGAUGACCCAUUGCAAUUCCACUUCACAAAGGAGCCUUUAAUGGAAGAAUACAGCAUUGCAACCCAAGUGUGGAAAUGGAGCACAUGUGACAUGUGCGAGCUGGCAAGGAACAGUGUGUUAAUGAGUGGCUUUCCACACAAGGUGAAAAGCUAUUGGCUCGGACCAAAUUACUUACGGGAUGGACCUGAAGGCAAUGACAUUCGCAGGACCAAUGUUCCUGACAUUCGAGUUGGCUAUCGAUAUGAGACUCUCUGUGAGGAACUGACACUCAUCACGCAAGCUUUGCAGAGUGAGGAGCUUGAACCAAUUCCAGAGGAGGCUCUGUUUAUGGGGGCUGAGCUUGGUGGUAAAACUAAAGGAGAAUCUGAGAGCCACAGUAUGGAGAAUCAGAACAGAAGACCCUAAACAUAGAAAAUACUUUCAAAGGGGCAUGGGAGUAGGGAAACUUUAAAAAACAUAAGCAUGGUGGAGCACCAUUAAAAAAGAUGAGACAAUGACAUUGGUAGGGUAAGGAGGGAAGAGAAAAAUGAUUGCUGUAAGCAAAAAAAGAUAAAUGGAAACUCUCUAGAAACUAAAGCAUACAAAACAAACUGGAUUUUUACUGAGGUUGUACUAGUACAAAGAACAGAAAGAGGAAGCAGUGGUGAGAUAAACCAGGACAUUAGAGAAAUCACAAAAAAAUUACAGAGAAAGUACUUGAAAGUAUGUGGCAAAUGAAUUGGAGAAAUAAUGAAAAUGUGUGCUGCUGUAAGAGUACUCAGAAAUUUGAAAAAAAAACUAGUAAUAACUAGUGGUCUGAAAAUUUUUUUAAAAAAACCUGAACAGCAGAUGAGAAUUAAAUUUGAAAUAUAUGUGGAAGAAGCAGGGGGUGGAGGGGUUGAACAUGGAGUGCCACUUGUGAGGAGGGAGGUUCUUAAGAAUAAAUAGCAAGAUCUGGAGAAACUUGCAAUAUUAAGGAAUGCUUAUAUAUUUGGAAUACUAUUAUUAUGAGCAAUGCAUUAUAGUCUGUACACAAAGAGAAUUGUACUUUAAGGGGCAAAUAUAUUAAGGGUCGAAUUUGAAUUUUCAAAUGUUUUUUUUUUUGGUCAAACUUUCAAAUUCAAAUUGUGAAUUAUACAAACUUGAUUUGAAUUUUAAUUAGAAUUUAGAGAUUUAUCAUACUCUGGCCCUUUAAAAACUUGAAUUCGACGAUUCGCCACCUAAAACCUCCCGAGUUCAUGCAUAAGUCAAUGGGAGAGGUCCAGUGACCAUUUUUAUGCUAUUAGUAGCCAUCCUGCCAUUCGAGUUUUUUUCAAAGAAAAAAACUCUAAUCGAGUUUAGCUGAAUUUGAAUCGAAUUCGAUUCGAGUUUUUGGGUUGGAAAUAUUUAUCCGAGUUUUAGAAAUUAGAUUUUAUUCAUAAAUAACCCUCUAUUAGAAUUUUGAGUAAAAUCUAAUUCAAUAAAGUUAAAAUAAAUUCGAAAUUUGAUUUUUAAUAAAUGUGCCUCCCUAACUUGGGGUUAUAAUACUCUGCACACUGAAUUAAACAUGCAAGGAUAGUUGUUCUGUGGCUUAGUAACAACAGAACCAAACUAGGAUUACCUGGGGGUAGAGAUGGCUGAACUAAAGGUGGCAGUAACUGCAUUAGGACUGUGACUGUUGGGAGAUUAGUAGUCAAGUGACAAAUCUUCGCUACUGUGAGUGACUAAUCUCCCCGAAAUGCCUUCCCGACGCCAAGAAUGCGACUCGCUUUGGUUUUCUGAAGUCGCCCGAAGUUGCCUCAUGAGGAAACUUCAGAUGACUUUGGAAAACUAAUCAACGAGUAUGCCAUCUCACUGGCGAUUCACAUUCUUUCCAGCGGGAUGGCAAUUCGGGGAGAUUAGUUGCCCACAGUAGCGAAGAUUUGGCGACCAAUCUCCCCAUGUGCCACCACCCUUAAAGAGUGUGACUUGUAGGAAACAGAAACAUAUCUUUGGUAGCACAUACAUUUUACUUAAAAGAGUGGUAAUUUAUUAUCAGUUAUAGAGACAUAUAUUUGCGAAUGUCAACAACCAAGCGGUGUGUAACAGGAAAAUGUUAAGCGUAAGGCAAAUGUUUUGACCUAAAGAAAGUAGUGAAAGAGUGUUUUUAGGUUGGGUAAACGAUUUCUGAUAUGAUUAUAUGGUAGAGAAAAGGUUUGCAAUGAUUUUGUAGAGAAUAAAAUGCCUGUGCCCUGUGAACUUAGUGUAAACAAAGGUUUCCUUAUUUCAACAUGUUCUCUGCUAUGCUUGCCUGUUGUGUUUUAGAACAUAGCUCAGUUGUGUACAUCUCUCAGUUUCUUGAUAUCUCAAAUAACUCACUGGCACACUUAAUCCUUAUCCUAAAUCCUGCAGUGCAAUGAAAAUCCCGGCCCACACUAUACACAUAAACUACUUAAAAGCUUCAGGUCUUCAUUUAAGCAGUGGCGCUUUGCCAAUGGGGUGAGUUGAGAAUAUCGCCCCAGGCGGUAGUGCUCCAUAAGUUUAAAUAGACAGGAUACAGGCUGGCACAAUCAGGACCACCAAGACAACAUCAAAAACAGCUUAGUUUAAGAUAAAAGCAUUCUAAGUUUAUUUAGUCCAUACUCAAUUAUCUACAAAUAGCCUUGCGCGUUUCGAGCCAAAGGGGCACUUCAUUUAGCCUAUGAUUAAGUGCCCCCUGUGGUAUGAAUCGCAUAAGGGUGGCAGAGGAGUAAGAAUCGCCCCUGCAUUCAAACCAUAUUUGCCCAAAGUGUGCAAUAUGUGGUGAGAAAUGUUCCUAUAGUGUGUGCCUAAAGCAAAUAAAAGAUUGCAGGGUACAUACAGUAUAUGGAUGCAAUACUAACCAUCUGUUAUGAAGAACUUGUAUCAUGUUCUAGAAAUCAAAAGACCUAAUACUGUGCCACAGACAUACCACAAAAGCAAGAAUAAGCUAUUAUAGUAUAAUACUGAAUUUAUUUCUUUUCUACCCAAACCAAAAAUGAGCAGUUGGGUGAAGUAAUUGUAUGAUUUGGCUAAAAAUCACACUCAACUGUGCAGUUCCCUUGAAAUGUUAGAUUUGCUUUAUAAACAUUUUUGCCUUUUUGUUUUUGAGAUCCUGGACCAAAAGUAUUUUGUUUUGUUUUUUCUUCUGUAUGCAGACUGUUCUUAUUUGGCUGAAAAUGGACAAGAAUGGCAAUGGUUGUACUAAAGUAUGAGAUCCAUUAUCCAGAAUGCUUGGGAACUGGGGUGUAUCUAUUCUAGCUUAGGUAAUAUGAAAUAGAAGGUACCAUUUAAGUGUUGAGGACAAAAAGCAAAUCAGUAAAAAAUUACGAAUUUAUAAAUGGAUCCUACACCCACAACUUGUUUUUGUUGGCAUUAUCAAAGAAAAUGUGAUUCUAAGCAAUUUUCCAAUAUAUAUUCAUUAACGGUGUUCAAAGGUUAAAGUUAUUUGUAAUUGUCAUUGACAGCAAUAUCUGUUGGUUCUUUUCUCUGUGUUAAUGUAAAACAAUUAUAACGUAGUAAGAUCCCCUCCGUGUUAUUUGAUCAACUUUAAUCCCAUGGCAGUUCUGAAUUACCUCCUCAUUAACUUCACCACAAUUCAGCUGGAGUAUUUUAAAACACCUCUCAUACUUACUAAAAAUUGUACGUACAAUGUUAAUAGAGAGAAUUGUGACGACGUUUCUCUUCUGUGAAAAUUUGUCAUUGAUUAACAUGUGCCAUUAUAGUGUUGUAGUGGAGACAUUUUGCUAGAGAAUUUAUACCAAAAAAAGAAUGUGGAAUAUUAGCAUGGAGCAGGUGACAUCACUAAUAAAGGUAACUGCUCUAUCUUUAUAAUAAUAUAUAUAUAUAUAUAUAUAUAUAUAUAUAUAUAUAUAUAUAUAUAUAUAU